CAUGCAAUCGACAAAUAGAUUUAUGGGUUCAGCAGGUAGCGGUAUUCGACCUUUUGGACAUUCAACAGCCGAGCUACGUAUGCUGUUAGAAAAUAGAACAGAAGAGCUCGAUCGAACAAGACGUUUACUUAGUGAGAAGGAAAAGGAAAUCGAAAGAUUGGAGAAUGAAGUUCAAAAGCUGCUCUCUGUAUUGCGCGAGACAAACAAUGUAGAGAUUGAACCGAUCCUUAGAGGUGGUCAGAAACGGAGAGCCAAAUUUGCCGUUUCGGGCGAAACAUGGACGGCUAGUAAUGCAGCUAAUGUCGCCUUUGAAUUAGUUCAUCACAGAAAAGAUUUCGGCUCAAAGCAGUUAAUAAAAGAUGCAGUUUUGUGCAACGAUUUCCUCAAGAAUCUCGAAACGUCGCAAGUGCUGGAGGUGGUUGAAUGCAUGUACGAAAGGAAAAUUAAACGCAACGACUACAUUUGUAAGCAAGGAGAACCUGGGAAUGCUCUUUACGUUCUCGCACAAGGUUGUAUGGAGGUGAUACAAGACGGUAGAAGACUUGGUUUGAUCAAACCUGGUAGGGUGUUUGGUGAAUUGGCUAUAUUAUAUAAUUGUUCGAGAACGGCGUCUAUCCAAGCUCUCGAAGAUGGGAAAUUAUGGGCCUUGGAUAGAACGGUUUUCAAAACGAUUAUGAUGAAAUCUGGUCUUGAGAGGCAAGAUAAAUACAUGAAAUAUCUAGAAAAGGUGGAAGUUCUCGAAAAACUCAGCAAAGAGCAGUUGGCUAAGAUAGCCGAUGUGAUAGAAGAAGAACGCUAUUACGAUGGAGAGUAUAUAAUAAGAGAAGGAGAAAAAGGCGACACCUUCUUCAUAAUUAACGAAGGCGAAGUAAGAAUCGAAAAGAGGACAGAAAAUGGAAUCAUGGAAUUAAAUAGGCUAGGAGCUGGCAAGUACUUUGGGGAGAAAGCCCUUCUAAGUGAAGACUAUAGGACGGCGUCAGUUGUAGCUGUUACGACAGUUCUCUGUUUAACAGUCGAAAGAAAUGCAUUUUGUCAAUUAAUUGGCGACUUAAACGAAUUAAGAGAAGAACUAACAAACAGGAAAUAUGAUAUGCGACCCCAGAAAAAAGUUAGCACCAGCUCGACUGGUUCUGUAUCUCCAGCGCAUAAAAUAUCUUCCAAAUACGCUCAUGUUCAAUUGGAUCAUUUAAAUAUAGUUGCAACUUUAGGAGUCGGUGGAUUCGGUAGGGUUGAAUUGGUUACGUCACCUCUCUUCCCUGGGGAAUCUUUGGCUUUAAAGUGCCUAAAAAAGAAGCACAUUGUCGAUACACGUCAACAGGAGCAUAUAAAAUCAGAAAAGAAGAUAAUGAUGGAAGCUGAUUCACCUUUCAUCGCUAAAUUAUUCAAAACGUUCAGGGACACUAAAUAUGUUUAUCUUCUAAUGGAGGCUUGUCUUGGAGGUGAAUUAUGGACAGUUCUUAGAAUAAAGGGCACAUUUGAUGAUUCGACUGCCAGAUUUUGCGUUUCUUGCGUUCUUGAGGCAUUUGAAUAUUUACACAAUAAGAACAUAGUUUAUCGCGAUCUGAAACCGGAAAAUCUUCUUGUAGACUCAACCGGCUUUGUCAAGUUAGUGGAUUUCGGCUUCGCCAAAAAGCUAUCGGCCGGUAGAAAGACGUGGACGUUCUGCGGUACACCAGAGUACGUAGCGCCAGAAAUUAUCCUUAACAAGGGACACGAUUUCGCGGCAGAUUAUUGGGCUAUAGGAAUUCUUAUGUUUGAAUUAUUAACCGGUAAUCCGCCUUUUGUUGCACCGGAUCCCAUGAAAACCUAUAAUAUAAUAUUGGAGGGGAUUGAGAAGAUUGGUAUGCCGAAGAAAGUUAGCAGAAAUGCAGCAAAUCUUAUCAGGAAGCUCUGUAAAAGUAAUCCAACCGAAAGAUUGGGAUACGGUAAGAACGGAUUACUAGAUAUAAGGAAACAUAGGUGGUUUCAGGGUUUUGAUUGGAAUGGCUUAAAAACUAGAACUAUGCCCAUUCCGAAAGCUAUCAAGCCUUGCGUGAAUGGUCCAACUGAUACAUCAGUCUUUGAUCAUUAUGACAAAGACUCAAAUAUUCCCGAAGACGAACUCUCCGGUUGGGAUGAGGACUUUUAG